CGAGCAACCAAAGGCAGCAGUUUACAAAUUCUGCGUUAUUUCUAUUUUAUUAUUCUCUUGAUCGAAAUGAAAGUGCUCUUGCUGGGUGCCACUGGCAACGUUGGCUCUCGGCUGCUCCCUGCGCUCAUCGCCCAUAAGCACCAAGUCGUAGCAUACGUGCGCACGCCGGCCAAAAUCUCCUCUGUCGCCACGUCCAAGCUCGACUCUAUUGUCGUUGGCUCUGCUAGCGAUAGCACCGCCAUCAAGGCUGCGAUCCUCUCACACAAUUGCGACGCCGUCGUCAAUGCCGCUGGCGUGGCUGCGAUGACAAGUUGGGCAUCGCAAGGCGAGUUUCAGGCUAUUUUUGCAGCCGUCGUGCAGGCGGCUUUGGAGGCCGGGCGAGAACGCGGUGGUACGCCUGUUAGGUGUUGGCUCAUGAGUGGGUUUGCCAUGCUGGAUAGUCUAAAGAAGCCCCAUUUGCUCUUCCAUUACAUCCCCCUCUUCCCAUCCCACAAGCCGAACUACCAGCUCAUCAAAUCACAUGCGGCCGACACUCUCGCCUGGUCGCUCUUCUGUGCAAGCAAUAUGCCUCCGAAAUACGACACGCCGCAAUUCCCUCCUCCCGCAGACGCUUCUGCUAGCAACCUUGUGGCCAAAGCUGACGCCCCGCCAGCCUGGGGGAAACAGUACCGGGGCGUGCCGCUGAUAGGGAAUUAUCUGAACAUUAUGGCGCAGGCGCAGAGCUACUAUGCCGUGCUCGAGAACUGCGUGGAUUUUAUAGCUGCUGAUCUGGAGAAGGGGCUUGAAAGCGAAUGGAUUGGGAAGAGAGUGGGUGUCAAGGAGAAGAGCAAAGUUGAUACUAAUACCAAUGCUAAUAUAAAUAUUAAAUAA